GAUAAAAAGAAAAUUCAAGAGAGAGACACAAAGGGAGGCAGGUAGGUAAAACAUAAAAAGUCAUUCAAUGAAAAGUACUUUCACUUCUCUGUUCUUUGUUGACCUCUAAAACCUUCCAUUAUUAUUAUUUUUUUUCUUUCUUCUUUCAACCAGUCCAUCAACAUACCAUUUUUCUUCAAUUUUUUCCUAACCCCAUAUCAGAGUCGCUAAAGAAAUUGGUGUUUAGCUACCAAUGCUUCGUCCUUCCUGAAGUUAUUGACUUAUAAAGUCAAAUUGUGGGAUGCAUAUUUCACUAUGGAAGCCUAUUUCCCAUUGUGUUACUUUAUUGGUUGAUAAGAAGGGUAGAAGAAAAGAUGGGUCUGAAUUUGGGGAUGAUAGUAAGAAAAACCCUUCGUUUCUUAGAAAAUUGCAAGAGAAUAAGCUUAGAGAAGCUCUUGAAGAAGCAUCUGAAGAUGGGUCUCUUUUAAAAUCCACUUUAGACAUUGAUGAUGAGGUUAAUUCCAAUAAAGAUGAAGGCCUUGGACGUUCGAGAUCGCUUGCAAGGCUCCAAGCACUCAAGGAAUUUCUUAGAGCAACUGCUUUGGCUGCUGAGCGUACGUUCGAAUCAGAAGACUCGAUUCCUGCCCUUAAUGAGGCUUUUUCUAAGUUUCUGACAAUGUAUCCCAAGUAUCAGUCUUCUGAGAUGAUUGAUCAGCUGAGAUUAGAUGAGUAUGGACAUCUUACAGGACCAGCUGCUAAGGUAUUUCUUGAUUAUUGUGGAUUUGGGUUGUUUUCUCACCUUCAGACUCUUUAUUAUUGGGAUACUUCUAGUUUUAGCUUGUCUGAAAUGACUGCUAAUUUGAGCAACCAUGUGUUAUAUGGGGCUGCUGAAAAAGGAACUGUUGAACAUGAUAUAAAAACUAGAAUUAUUGAUUAUUUGAACAUUCCUGAGAAUGAGUAUGGAAUUGUAUUUACUGUUAGUAGAGGUUCAGCCUUUAAAUUGCUAGCUGAAGCAUACCCUUUUCAUACAAACAAGAAACUUUUGAGUAUGUUUGAUCAUGAGAGUCAGUCUAUGAAUUGGAUGGCUCAAGCUGCGAAGGAGAAAGGGGCAAAAGUUUUCAAUGCGUGGUUUAAAUGGCCGACUCUUAAGCCAUGCUCAGCAGAUCUUAGAAAGCAGAUUUUGAAUAAGAAGAAGAGGAAGAAGGAUUCGGCUGUUGGCCUUUUUGUGUUUCCUGUUCAGUCUAGGGUGACGGGAUCUAAGUACUCGUAUCAAUGGAUGGCUCUUGCGCAACAAAAUAAUUGGCAUGUUUUGUUAGAUGCUGGUGCGUUGGGUCCUAAGGAUAUGGAUUCUCUUGGGUUGUCAUUAUUUCGUCCUGAUUUCAUAAUCACAUCAUUUUACCGAGUAUUUGGUUAUGAUCCUAGUGGAUUCGGAUGCCUCCUUAUCAAGAAAUCUGUGUUGGGAUGCCUUCAAAACCAGUCUGGGGUGACUGGGACUGGUAUGGUGAAGAUUACUCCGGUCUUUUCACAGUAUCUAGGCGAUUCGAUGGAUGGCCUUGAUGGGUUAAUCUGCGCCGAGGAAGAUGAAGUCGAUGAUAAUGGAGAAUUCAAAAUGGAUUCGCAGAAGGGAUCACAGAUGCCAGCUUUUUCUGGUGCUUAUACAUCUGCUCAGGUCAGUGAUGUAUUUGACACCGAGAUGGAACAUGAAAACAGCUCAGACAGAGAUGGUGCUAGCACAAUCUUUGAAGAGACUGAGAGCAUUUCUGUAGGGGAGGUGAUGAAGAGCCCAAUUUUCAGUGAGGAUGAAUCGUCUGAUAACUCAUUCUGGAUUGACUUAGGUCAAAGUCCGAUGGGUUCAGAAAAUGUGGGCCAAUUAGAGAGACAGAGAUCGACUCCUUCCCCGCCCUCAUGGUUUACCAGGAAGAAGAACACCAAGAUUUCUCCAAGGCCAGCAACAAAAUCAUCUAGAAGCCCAGCAUAUGACAGGCAGCAUAUGCUAUCAUUUGAUGCAGCAGUUCAAUCAGUCUCACGCAGCAUCGACAAUGUCCAUGAGAUCAACGAGGAGAUACAAACUGUUAAUGAGAUAGAGGAGUAUGAACAUGGAAAACCAAGCAACAACAAAGCUUCACCGACUUCAGUAAAUGGAUCCAUUUUGAACUGCCGCAUCUCAUUAUCUCACGGCGUUACAUCUGAACUGUGUGCCGAGUCAAAAGAAAGUGCUAUUAGAAGAGAAACAGAAGGCGAGUUCAGGCUUUUGGGAAGGAGGGAUGGCAAUAAAUUUCCUGUUGGAAGGAUUGUAUGCUUUGAAGAAGAUGAUAUUUCUAACAAAGGAAGAAGGGUGUCGUUUAGUACAGAGGACAAUCACAGAGAGCUCACUGGUCAUACCUUGGAGCCAGGUGAGGCGUCUAUAAGAAACAUUGAAGACUAUGAUUAUGCAAGUGAUGGAGACUAUGGUGAUGAUCCCGAAUCUGAUAGGAGAGAACCUGAGAUAAUUUGCCGGCAUCUUCAUCAUAUAAAUAAUUUGGGUCUUAAUAGAACGACAUCUAGAUUACGGUUUUUGAUUAAUUGGCUCGUGACGUCACUUCUGCAGUUGAGAUUCCAUGGUUCAGAUGAAAAUAAUACAGUGCCUCUAGUGCAAAUAUAUGGCCCUAAAAUCAAAUACGAAAGAGGUGCUGCUGUGGCGUUCAAUGUUAGAAAUCGAACACGGGGGAUGAUUAAUCCGGAAGUUGUCCAAAAGCUUGCUGAAGCACAUGGCAUAUGUCUCGGUGUUGGCAUCCUCAGCCACAUUAGAAUCAUGGAUGAUCCCGGGAAUCCAAAUGGAGAAUUGAACAUUUUGGAUACAACAUUGUGCAAGCCUAUGGCUAAUGGUCGCAUUGAAGGAAAAAGCGGCUUCUUUAGAGUGGAGGUUGUGACGGCAUCACUUAGUUUUCUGAGCAACUUUGAUGAUGUGUACAAGUUGUGGGCAUUUGUCGCGAAGUUUCUAAAUCCAGCCUUCACCAAAGAGACGGGACUUCCAACUGUUGAAGAAGGUGUAGAGACAUGAUAUUGUGCCCUUGAAGAUUGUCUUUGUUCAAUUCAAGCCCCAUCAGAUGACUCUGUCAUUGCCUGUGGUAAAUUUGUUUAUUCUUGUUUUCCAUGGGGUAUUUUUUGUUUCAAAAUGAUUGAUUGUUUUUGCUGAAUAUGUUAACCAUUUGGGUAUUAUUCUUUAGUUUGUGUACAUUCUUGUUAUCAUUUCAUCCUAGCCUUAGUAAAUCGUCUUUCGGCAUCUUAAGACCAAGCAAUCAUAGAAUCGGGCGCAAGGCGUAGUGAAAUUUCAUAGAUAUGUUUUUAAGGAGUUGAUUCUGCAGUCAGGAAUGUGCUUCACUGCCAGAUUUUGUUAUAUGUACACAGGAUUAGUUAUGAAUUUUAAUUUUAUAGCAUUCGAUUAUAUAUCAAUUCGUUUAUUAUCUGAA